AUGGUAGAAAUCAAUAAUCAACGUAAGGCGUUCCUCGAUAUGCUGGCGUGGUCGGAGGGAACUGAUAACGGACGUCAGAAAACCAGAAAUCAUGGUUAUGACGUCAUUGUAGGCGGAGAGCUAUUUACUGAUUACUCCGAUCACCCUCGCAAACUUGUCACGCUAAACCCAAAACUCAAAUCAACAGGCGCCGGACGCUACCAGCUUCUUUCCCGUUGGUGGGAUGCCUACCGCAAGCAGCUUGGCCUGAAAGACUUCUCUCCGAAAAGUCAGGACGCUGUGGCAUUGCAGCAGAUUAAGGAGCGUGGCGCUUUACCUAUGAUUGAUCGUGGUGAUAUCCGUCAGGCAAUCGACCGUUGCAGCAAUAUCUGGGCUUCACUGCCGGGCGCUGGUUAUGGUCAAGUCACCGCGAUUAUCUCCGCUCUGGUUAUCUGCAUCAUCGUCUGCCUGUCAUGGGCUGUUAAUCAUUACCGUGAUAACGCCAUUACCUACAAAGCCCAGCGCGACAAAAAUGCCAGAGAACUGAAGCUGGCGAACGCGGCAAUUACUGACAUGCAGAUGCGUCAGCGUGAUGUUGCUGCGCUCGAUGCAAAAUACACGAAGGAGUUAGCUGAUGCUAAAGCUGAAAAUGAUGCUCUGCGUGAUGAUGUUGCCGCUGGUCGUCGUCGGUUGCACAUCAAAGCAGUCUGUCAGUCAGUGCGUGAAGCCACCACCGCCUCCGGCGUGGAUAAUGCAGCCUCCCCCGACUGGCAGACACCGCUGAACGGGAUUAUUUCACCCUCAGAGAGAGGCUGA